UGGGCGAAGAUGGCGGCGUCCAGAGCGAGCCUCUGAGAGGCGGAGGGAGGAGCGGAGGGGUGGGGGCCGCGGCGCAGGAGCCCGCGGCGACAGGCCCCGGCGGGGAAAAGGAAAGCGAGAGGGGAAGGGGCCGGCGGCGCCUCAUCCCGCUCAGGACGUGGAGCCGGCGGCGGGCGGAGCUCGGGCUGGAGCGCCUCCAGCCUCCGGCGAAGGUUUCAGCACAAAAUGAACAUAAUUAGGGAAAAUAAGGAUCUGGCAUGUUUCUACACAACCAAGCACUCAUGGAGGGGAAAGUAUAAGCGAGUCUUUUCAGUUGGAACUCAUGCAGUUACUACAUAUAAUCCUAAUACCUUAGAAGUAACAAAUCAGUGGCCUUAUGGAGACAUUUGCAGCAUCAGCCCUGUUGGAAAAGGACAAGGAACAGAGUUCAACCUCACAUUUCGUAAAGGCAGUGGGAAAAAGUCAGAAACGUUGAAGUUUUCUACAGAGCACAGAACAGAGCUGCUUACAGAAGCUUUGAGAUUUAGAACUGACUUUGCAGAGGGAAAAAUCACAGGAAGGAGAUAUAACUGCUAUAAGCACCACUGGAGUGAUACAAGGAAACCUGUGAUUCUGGAAGUAACUCCUGGAGGCUUUGACCAAAUAAAUCCUGUAACCAACAGAGUGCUGUGUUCCUAUGAUUAUAGGAAUAUUGAAGGCUUCGUAGAUCUUUCUGAUUAUCAAGGAGGAUUUUGUAUACUUUAUGGAGGAUUUAGUAGAUUGCAUUUAUUUGCAUCAGAGCAAAGAGAAGAGAUCAUCAAAAGUGCAAUAGAACAUGCUGGCAACUACAUAGGGAUCUCACUGCGGAUCAGGAAGGAACCUUUAGAAUUUGAGCAAUAUUUGAAUCUUCGCUUUGGAAAAUAUAGCACUGAUGAGUCUAUCACAUCUUUGGCAGAGUUUGUGGUCCAAAAAAUAUCUCCUAGACAUUCGGAACCUGUGAAAAGAGUUCUAGCAGUCACAGAAACAUGUUUAGUAGAACGAGAUCCAGCAACCUAUAACAUUGCGACCUUGAAGCCCUUGGGAGAAGUAUUUGCAUUGGUUUGUGACUCAGAAAACCCACAACUUUUUACCAUUGAAUUUAUAAAAGGGCAAGUUCGAAAAUACUCCUCAACAGAAAGAGAUUCCUUGUUAGCAAGUUUGCUGGAUGGAGUAAGAGCCUCUGGUAACAGAGAUGUUUGUGUUAAGAUGACACCGACCCACAAAGGUCAGCGAUGGGGGUUACUGAGCAUGCCUAUAGACGAGGAAGUUGAGAGCCUUCACCUCAGAUUUCUAGCUGCACCUCCUAAUGGCAACUUCGCAGAUGCUGUCUUCAGGUUCAAUGCUAACAUUUCCUACAGCGGAGUUCUGCAUGCGGUAACACAGGAUGGUCUCUUCUCAGAAAACAAGGAAAAGCUAAUCAAUAAUGCCAUCACGGCAUUGUUGUCCCAAGAAGGAGAUGUUGUUGCUUCAAAUGCAGAACUCGAGAGCCAAUUCCAAGCUGUGAGGAGGCUUGUAGCCUCCAAAGCUGGUUUUCUGGCCUUCACUCAGCUUCCAAAGUUUCGGGAGCGCCUAGGAGUGAAGGUGGUGAAAGCACUCAAGAGAAGCCACAAUGGCGUCGUCCACGCGGCUGUUGAUAUGCUCUGUGCCCUCAUGUGUCCCAUGCAUGAUGACUAUGACUUAAGACAAGAGCAGCUAAACAAAGCUUCUCUUCUCUCUUCAAAGAAGUUUCUGGAAAACUUGUUGGAGAAAUUUAAUUCCCAUGUGGAUCAUGGGACUGGUGCCCUAGUAAUUAGUUCACUCUUGGACUUCCUUACCUUUGCCCUCUGUGCUCCAUAUAGUGAGACGACCGAAGGGCAGCAGUUUGAUAUGCUCUUAGAGAUGGUAGCCUCCAAUGGAAGAACCCUCUUUAAGCUCUUUCAGCAUCCUUCCAUGGCAAUUGUAAAGGGAGCUGGAUUGGUUAUGAAGGCAAUAAUAGAGGAAGGUGACAAAGAGAUUGCUACUAAGAUGCAGGAGCUUGCCCUAAGCGAGGGCGCCUUACCCCGACACUUGCACACUGCGAUGUUUACAAUCAGUUCAGAUCAGCGCAUGCUCACAAACAGACAGCUGAGCAGACAUCUAGUGGGGCUCUGGACAGCUGAUAACACAACCGCCACAAACUUGCUGAAACGAAUUUUGCCCCCAGGCUUGUUGGCAUACCUAGACAGCUCAGAUCCAGUUCCAGAGAAGGAUGCGGACCGCAUGCAUGUCAGAGACAAUGUGAAAAUAGCAAUGGAUCAAUAUGGAAAAUUUAAUAAAGUUCCAGAGUGGCAAAGACUAGCUGGAAAAGCUGCCAAAGAAGUUGAAAAGUUUGCCAAAGAAAAAGUCGAUCUUGUGUUGAUGCACUGGAGGGAUAGGAUGGGCAUUGCUCAAAAAGAGGACAAAAACCAUAUGAACAUCAAUCAAAAGCCAGUAGUUCUUCGGAAGAGAAGACAAAGAAUAAAAAUAGAAGCGAAUUGGGAUCUCUUCUAUUACAGGUUUAGUCAAGACCACGCUAGAUCAAACCUCAUUUGGAAUUUUAAAACACGAGAAGAGCUGAAGGAUGCUCUUGAGUCUGAAAUGAGAACGUUCAACAUCGAUAGAGAGCUUGGCAGUGCCAGUGUGAUCUCCUGGAACCACCAUGAGUUUGAGGUUAAGUAUGAGUGCCUGGCAGAGGAAAUCAAAAUAGGAGAUUAUUACUUGAGAUUGCUGUUGGAGGAGGAUGAGAAUGAAGAAAGCGGAUCAAUAAAGAGAUCGUAUGAAUUUUUCAAUGAGCUCUACCAUCGCUUCCUGCUCACUCCAAAAGUAAACAUGAAGUGUUUGUGUUUACAAGCCCUUGCUAUCGUUUAUGGCAGAUGCCAUGAAGAAAUAGGGCCCUUCACAGAUACAAGAUACAUCAUUGGGAUGUUAGAAAGGUGCACUGAUAAACUUGAACGGGAUCGACUGAUCCUCUUCCUGAACAAGCUGAUCCUUAAUAAGAAAAACGUUAAGGAUCUCAUGGACUCAAAUGGCAUUAGAAUUCUUGUGGACUUGCUGACUCUUGCACAUCUUCACGUGAGCCGAGCAACAGUCCCUCUGCAAAGCAAUGUGAUUGAAGCGUCUCCAGAUAUGAAGAGAGAGAGUGAGAAGGAGUGGUAUUUUGGCAAUGCAGACAAAGAAAGGAGUGGUCCGUAUGGAUUUCACGAGAUGCAAGAAUUAUGGGCCAAAGGAAUGUUGAAUGCAAAAACCAGAUGUUGGGCUCAAGGCAUGGAUGGAUGGCGACCUCUCCAGGCGAUACCUCAGCUUAAGUGGUGCCUGUUAGCCAGUGGGCAGGCUGUUCUGAAUGAAACUGACCUUGCUACCUUAAUACUGAACAUGUUGAUCACAAUGUGUGGAUAUUUUCCAAGCAGGGAUCAGGAUAAUGCCAUCAUUCGUCCUCUGCCCAGAGUGAAACGACUGCUGUCAGACAGCACCUGCCUUCCCCACGUCAUCCAGCUACUACUCACCUUUGACCCUAUCCUUGUUGAGAAGGUUGCUAUCUUAUUACACCACAUUAUGCAAGAUAAUCCACAGUUACCUCGCCUCUAUCUCAGUGGAGUGUUUUUCUUUAUCAUGAUGUAUACAGGUUCCAACGUGCUUCCCAUUGCUCGGUUUUUGAAAUACACACAUACCAAGCAGGCUUUCAAGUCUGAGGAGACUAAAGGACAGGAUAUUUUUCAGAGAAGUAUACUUGGACAUAUCCUACCUGAAGCAAUGGUGUGCUACCUAGAGAAUUAUGAACCCGAGAAGUUUUCUGAGAUUUUCCUAGGUGAAUUUGACACUCCGGAAGCAAUCUGGAGCAGCGAGAUGAGGCGCCUCAUGAUAGAGAAGAUUGCUGCCCAUCUUGCUGACUUCACACCUCGCCUGCAGAGCAAUACGAGAGCACUUUAUCAAUAUUGUCCCAUCCCAGUUAUCAAUUAUCCACAGCUAGAAAAUGAACUAUUUUGUAAUAUUUAUUACCUCAAACAACUUUGUGAUACACUCCGGUUUCCAGAUUGGCCAAUUAAAGACCCAGUUAAGCUUCUGAAAGAUUCCCUUGAUGCUUGGAAGAAGGAAGUGGAAAAGAAGCCACCUAUGAUGUCAAUAGAUGAUGCUUAUGAAGUGCUCAAUCUGCCUGCAGGCCAGGGGCUGCAUGAUGAAAGCAAGAUUAGAAAAGCUUACUUCAGACUCGCACAGAAGUACCAUCCCGAUAAGAAUCCAGAAGGAAGGGACAUGUUUGAAAAAGUAAAUAAAGCAUAUGAAUUUUUAUGUACCAAGUCAACAAAAAUAGUGGAUGGGCCAGAUCCAGAGAAUAUAAUUUUAAUUCUGAAAACACAGAGCAUCCUUUUCAACCGUCAUAAAGAAGAGUUACAGCCUUAUAAAUAUGCAGGAUACCCCAUGCUAAUUAGGACUAUAACAAUGGAGACUUCAGAUGACCUCCUUUUCUCAAAAGAGUCUCCACUGUUGCCUGCGGCUGCAGAGCUGGCUUUCCACACAGUCAACUGCUCAGCCCUCAAUGCCGAAGAGCUCAGAAGAGAGAACGGGUUAGAGGUGUUACAAGAGGCAUUUAGUCGCUGCGUGGCUGUCCUGAAUCGCUCCAGUAAACUAAGUGACAUGUCAGUGCAGGUGUGUGGACACAUAAGCAGAUGCUAUAGCGUGGCUGCACAGUUUGAGGAGUGCCGGGAGAAGAUCACAGAAAUGCCUGGCAUCAUCAAGGACCUCUGCCGGGUGCUGUAUUUUGGCAAGAGUAUCCCACGGGUGGCCUCCCUUGCAGUGGAAUGCGUCAGUUCCUUCGCUGUGGACUUCUGGUUGCAGACACAUCUAUUUCAGGCUGGAAUUUUGUGGCAUCUGCUUGGUUAUCUGUUUAACUACGACUAUACAUUGGAAGAGAGUGGCAUUCAGAAAAACGAAGAAACAAACCAGCAGGAAGUGGCCAACAGUCUUGCCAAACUCAGUGUUCAUGCUCUGAGUCGCCUUGGUGGGUAUUUGCCUGAUGACCAAGCAACACCAGAAAACCCAACUGUAAGGAAGAGUUUGGCUGGCCUGCUGACGCCCUACAUUGCUAGAAAGCUUGCUGUGGCUAGUGCUACUGAGAUUCUGAAGAUGCUUAACAGCAACACAGAGAGCCCUUACUUGAUGUGGAACAACUCUACAAGGGCAGAACUGCUUGAAUUUCUUGAGUCACAACAAGAAAAUAUGAUUAAAAAGGGUGAUUGUGACAAAACUUAUGGGGCAGAAUUUGUCUACAGUGACCAUGCCAAAGAACUGAUUGUGGGCGAGAUUUUUGUUAGAGUAUAUAAUGAAGUCCCAACUUUCCAGCUAGAGGUUCCAAAAGAGUUUGCUGCGAGUCUCUUGGAUUACAUCGGCUCUCAGGCCCAGUACCUCCACACGUUCAUGGCCAUCACACACACUGCAAAAGUGGAGUCAGAGCAGCAUGGGGACCGCUUACCAAGAGUGGAAAUGGCUCUGGAGGCUCUGAGAAAUGUCAUCAAGUACAACCCAGGUUCUGAAUGUGAAUGCACUGGGCACUUUAAGUUAAUAUUUUCUCUGCUCCGAGUCCAUGGAGCUGGUCAAGUGCAGCAACUGGCUUUAGAGGUUGUGAAUAUAGUGACAUCCAACCAAGACUGUGUCAAUAAUAUUGCAGAAUCCAUGGUUUUGUCCAAUUUGUUGGCUCUUCUACAUUCAUUGCCAUCAAGCCGUCAGCUCGUUCUGGAGACUCUCUAUGCUUUGGCAUCGAAUACAAAGAUAAUCAAAGAAGCCAUGGCAAAGGGAGCUUUGAUUUAUUUAUUGGAUAUGUUCUGCAAUUCAACACAUCCACAGGUUCGAUCCCAGACAGCAGAACUUUUUGCUAAAAUGACAGCAGAUAAACUAAUAGGUCCAAAGGUUCGAAUUACGUUAAUGAAAUUUUUGCCCAGUGUUUUCAUGGAUGCCAUGAGAGACAACCCCGAAGCUGCUGUGCAUAUAUUUGAGGGAACUCAUGAAAAUCCAGAGCUGAUCUGGAAUGACAGUUCCAGAGAUAAGGUGUCAACAACUGUGAGAGAGAUGAUGCUGGAGCACUUUAAAAACCAACGGGACAACCCUGAUGUGAACUGGAAGUUGCCUGAAGAUUUUGCUGUGGUAUUUGGAGAAGCAGAGGGUGAACUCGCUGUUGGAGGAGUUUUCUUGAGAAUCUUCAUAGCACAGCCAGCUUGGGUGCUGAGAAAACCCAGAGAAUUUCUUAUUGCACUGUUAGAAAAAUUAACCGAGCUCCUGGAGAAGAACAACCCGCAUGGAGAGACUCUGGAAACACUGACGAUGGCCACGGUUUGCCUCUUCAAUGCACAACCUCAGUUGGCAGAUCAAGUCCCACCGUUGGGCCAUCUUCCCAAAGUUAUCCAGGCGAUGAAUCACAGAAACAAUGCCAUUCCUAAGAGUGCUAUUCGGGUUAUCCACGCCCUGUCUGACAAUGAGCUGUGUGUUCGAGCCAUGGCAUCUUUGGAGACCAUUGGUCCACUGAUGAACGGAAUGAAAAAGCGAGCAGAUACUGUUGGUCUGGCCUGUGAAGCAAUUAAUCGAAUGUUCCAGAAGGAACAGAAUGAAUUAGUGGCACAGGCUCUGAAAGCAGAGUUGGUCCCAUACCUCUUAAAGUUGCUUGAAGGCAUAGGCCUUGAAAACAUAGACAGUCCUGCUGCCACUAAGGCCCAGAUUGUUAAAGCUCUCAAGGCAAUGACUCGAAGUCUGCAGUACGGAGAACAGGUGAAUGAGAUCCUGUCCCGCUCUUCAGUCUGGAGUGCCUUCAAAGACCAGAAACAUGAUUUGUUCAUUUCUGACUCUCAAACAGCAGGAUACCUCACAGGACCUGGAGUUGCUGGCUACCUUACUGCAGGUACAUCCUCAUCAGCCAUGUCUAACCUUCCGCCUCCUGUAGACCAUGAGGCAGGGGACCUUGGCUAUCAAACUUGAAACACUCAGAGACAAUUAAUGCUGAAAGGCCAGUGCUGCGUCCACAUUCCUCCAGCCAACAUGUUGAACAGACUCCUGCUGCCUUUCUCCUGGUUUCCUGACAGUGUUAUUCCUUUUUCUAUAAAUAUAUUUUUAUUUAGGAAAAGAGUCAGUGAUUCUGACGUAUCACGUUUCGAGAAAGCACUCUGGGUCAGCCUCCAUGGGUACACAAGAAUUUCUCUUUCUUGAUGUAUGUAAGCACAUUUUGUUCCUUUAUAUCUGUUUACAAGACUGUGAAUCAAAAAGACAAACUUUCUUCCUAGUUUUUAUAAUGUUUUUUGUCUUUUUUUUUUUUUUAAUUACUGUGACUGUGGUCUACAGACAUUGUACACUGCAGUCAACAGACAUUGGGCUAAAUUUAUCCCUAGAAAAGGGCACUUCCCUUUCCUGCACCGAAUCUCCAUGGCCGUCUUCCUCCCAUCAUCAGACAUUAGAUUUCUGUCCUUCCACCUGUGACCAGAUCCUCAACCAUUAACUCUCUGAGAGCUCGGUGCACAUCGGUGUGUAUGACAGGCUUCACCAAACUGAACGACAAGGAGCUUGUGCAAAAACUUAAAACUGAAAAUGGAUGUCAAGAUGUUAUGUAAGAGAUUAGUGUAAUUGUGAAAUGUUCUAUACAUUAUCAAAUAUAUAAAGCUUUCUAUAUUGAAUGUACAUUAUAUAAAUCAUUCAUAUGUGUACAUAAAAUUUUAAAAAUAAAGGGAAUUGACUGCUUUGUUAAUGAGA